AUGAGCUUAUAUCACGUGCCCUGCAUAGACAAAGAAGAAGAAUGUGACCAAAUGCAUGUCUAUGCAAUAUUAGUUAGUCACCCACCUGCUCCAAAUGAUCACCUAACACCAACACCUGUAUCAUACACAGCUGGCUUCUACAGGAUUCCUGUCAUUGGUCUGACAACACGCAUGUCUAUAUAUUCCGAUAAGAGCAUCCAUCUAUCCUUCUUGCGCACUGUGCCACCAUACUCUCACCAGUCCAAUGUCUGGUUUGAGAUGAUGCGAGUCUUCAACUGGAAUCAUGUCAUACUGAUUGUCAGUGACGACCACGAGGGUCGUGCUGCACAGAAGAAGCUGGAGACGCUCCUGGAAGAGAGAGAAUCCAAGAGUAAAAAAAGGAACUAUGAAAACCUCGACCAACUUUCCUAUGACAACAAGCGAGGACCCAAGGCUGAGAAAGUUCUUCAGUUUGAUCCUGGAACCAAAAACCUGACUUCGCUGCUGCUGGAAGCCAAGGAGCUGGAGGCUCGGGUUAUUAUCCUCUCUGCCAGUGAGGAUGAUGCGGCCACUGUGUACAGAUCAGCAGCUAUGCUUAACAUGACAGGCUCAGGAUACGUGUGGCUGGUGGGAGAGAGGGAGAUCUCUGGCAAUGCCCUGCGCUAUGCCCCUGACGGGGUGAUUGGUUUGCAGCUCAUUAAUGGGAAGAAUGAGUCAGCUCACAUUAGCGACGCUGUCGCUGUGGUAGCUCAAGCAGUGCACGACUUGUUUGAGAAGGAGAAUAUCACAGACCCUCCGAGAGGGUGUGUGGGCAACACCAACAUCUGGAAGACCGGUCCCCUUUUCAAGAGGGUUUUGAUGUCCAGCAAGUACUCUGAUGGAGUGACUGGGAGGGUCGAGUUUAACGAGGAUGGGGACAGAAAAUUUGCCAAUUACAGCAUCAUGAACCUGCAGAACCGGAAGCUGGUACAAGUUGGGAUUUACAAUGGCAGCCAUGUCCUGACCAAUGACAGGAAAAUCAUCUGGCCAGGGGGAGAAACAGAGAAACCUCAAGGCUAUCAGAUGUCAACCAAAUUGAAGAUCGUGACAAUUCAUCAAGAGCCAUUUGUGUAUGUGAAACCAACACUAGCUGAUGGAACAUGCAAGGAAGAAUUUACCAUCAAUGGAGACCCUGUUAAAAAGGUCUUUUGCACUGGACCCAAUGAGACCAUCCCAGGCCGCCCCACUGUGGCAUUGUGUUGCUAUGGCUUCUGCAUUGACCUCCUGAUUAGGCUUGCAGGGGUGAUGAAUUUCACCUAUGAAGUUCACCUGGUUGCUGAUGGUAAAUUUGGCACCCAGGAACGGGUCAAUAACAGCAACAAGAAGGAGUGGAAUGGGAUGAUGGGGGAGCUCCUGAGCGGCCAGGCCGACAUGAUCGUGGCCCCCCUCACAAUCAAUAAUGAGCGUGCACAAUACAUUGAGUUCUCCAAGCCAUUCAAGUACCAGGGACUCACCAUCCUUGUGAAAAAGGAAAUCCCCCGCAGCACCCUGGACUCAUUCAUGCAGCCUUUCCAGAGCACGCUGUGGUUGCUGGUGGGACUCUCUGUGCAUGUGGUGGCUGUGAUGUUAUACCUCUUGGACCGCUUCAGCCCAUUCGGCCGGUUCAAAGUGAACAGUGAGGAAGAGGAGGAAGAUGCCCUGACCCUCUCCUCUGCCAUGUGGUUCUCUUGGGGGGUCCUGCUGGCCUCUGGAAUUGGAGAAGGUGCUCCCCGGAGCUUCUCUGCUCGGAUACUUGGCAUGGUGUGGGCCGGCUUUGCUAUGAUCAUUGUGGCUUCAUAUACUGCCAACCUGGCUGCCUUCCUGGUGCUAGACCGACCUGAAGAGAGAAUUACGGGAAUCAAUGACCCCAGGUUGCGCAACCCCUCUGAGAAGUUCAUCUAUGCCACAGUGAAGCAGAGCUCCGUGGACAUUUAUUUCCGACGGCAGGUGGAACUGAGCACCAUGUACCGGCACAUGGAGAAGCACAACUACGAGAGUGCUGCUGAAGCCAUCCAGGCUGUGAGGGACAACAAGCUCCAUGCCUUCAUCUGGGAUUCAGCAGUACUGGAGUUUGAAGCCUCCCAGAAGUGUGACCUGGUGACGACAGGGGAACUCUUCUUCCGUUCUGGCUUUGGGAUUGGAAUGCGGAAGGACAGUCCAUGGAAGCAGAACGUCUCUCUGGCCAUCCUCAAAUCCCAUGAGAACGGCUUCAUGGAGGAUUUGGACAAGACUUGGGUGAGGUAUCAGGAGUGUGAUUCCCGUAGCAAUGCCCCAGCAACACUCACCUUUGAAAAUAUGGCAGGUGUAUUUAUGCUGGUGGCUGGAGGUAUUGUUGCCGGGAUAUUUUUAAUAUUCAUAGAAAUAGCUUACAAAAGGCAUAAGGAUGCGCGAAGGAAGCAGAUGCAGCUGGCGUUUGCAGCCGUUAAUGUGUGGCGGAAGAACCUGCAGAAUAUUCAUACAAUGACUUCUCUUUCAAUGCAGUCCUCUCUCUCUCUUGUGGCGCUAGGAUUCAGCUUCAGAAAAGGCCCUGAGCAUUUUUUUUUAGUGGAUAGAAAAAGUGGUAGAGCAGAACCUGACCCUAAAAAGAAAGCCACUUUUAGGUCCAUCACCUCCACCCUGGCCUCCAGCUUCAAGAGACGUAGGUCCUCCAAAGAUACGGCAGGAAAUCUCCCCACGCCUCAGCCUGCACCGGUGAGCUCCCCUGGGGACUGGUGCCCGCCCAUCACCAUCCUGCGCAGGGGCUGGAACCCAGUGCAGCUCUGCAGGCCAGCCGGUGAGGGUGUCACAGCGACCGUCCUCCACGAGUUUACUCCCCUGGAAGAAUGACCCCCUUAGAGCGCCAGAGAGACAUGAUGGCACUGUGGAUCCCAAGAUGCCCCCUGGGAAAGAAUCAGCCCCUUGGAAAUCACUCUGGAUGUUCUAAUCCCCACUGAUGCCAUCUGAGAUGCACAGCCUCUCCAGUGACAAUACUUGGGGUGCACAUAAUCCCCACAGACACAGCAGGACAUGCGUUUAUUCCCCAUAGGUAAUUCCUGCACCUCACAUAAUGCCCAUAGAGCUGAUGUAUUAAUGUCCGUUGCAACCACCCAAGAUGUUACAGUCCCCAGGGAAGCCCCCUGAGAUCCUGUAAAACACACACACACCCCUACCAGGAUGUCAUAUACCCCAGAAACACUAGAGAAACUGCAUUGCAUCCAUUAGCUGCUCCUGGACAUGUCCCCAACCUCACAGAAAUUAUACCACACCUUGUAUGCCCUGGGGAGGCACAGUUUAUUCCCACAGAUAAGCACAAAACUGAUAACAGACACCCCCCCUCCCCCGCCACCAUACGAGUUGCACGGUGUUGUCAUGAAUGCCUAUUCAGUUAUAACUGAUGUAUUUUAGUCCAGCCUGUCAGAAGAUCAUGGGGGUUCUGCAGAAAUUUUUGACUUUUCAAUUAAAAACCAAGUAUUUUUGCCCUCAAAAUUACCAAAUAACCAGUUUCCUAAUAGAAAAAUUGAAGAAAACAAACACCUCCCACAAGCCUUGCAUUUAGUUAAAAACACAAUUUUAAAUAAAAAAGACAACCCAGACUAUUACAUGUGAUU